AUGGACUCUCAACCAACGUCCAAGGCAUUGCAUUAUCGCAUCAACACCAAUAUCUCCCAAUUACUUCAAAGAUUCGAGAAUAUAAUGGCAACAGCAACUGUCGAGAGUACUAGCCAUACUUCAACAGCAGUGGAAACAUACCAACUUGACGUUGAAUCGACUGCUUUGGUCCGCGCCGCCGAAGAUAUUCUCUCUUUAACCCGUACAAUGAAAGAAACCUGGCUCUUUGGAAAGCUCAACACUCUUGGCGAGGACGAAUCGGAUGUGAAGCGCCGAGAGGAGCUAGAGAGGGAUGCAGAUGCUAUCCAGAAGGCCAUCGAGGAAGGUGGCUUGCUGAAGCCGGCUAAAUGA